AUGUCGCCGAGCGCUUUGGAGAGGCCUCUGCAAAUGAUUGACGAUGGGAAGCCGGCCGUGUAUCUAGACGAGAUGCCAGAGCCUGAGCCGAGUCCUCUACCAUUCCGCCCCCAGUACUUUCUAGAGGGUCCAUACGACUCCGACUCCUCCAGCUCCGACGAGGCGGUUGAACCGAUUCCCGAGAUGGCAGAUAGAGCCGAAAAGAUGAGGCGUCGGCUGAUCCAACGCACUUCCGGUACUGUUGCUGCCUCUUCCUCCCUACCGUCUCCGGCUCCCAGGCCGACUCCUCCUCCACCUCGAAACGUGGUGGAUCUGACCCCGUCGCCAGUGGUGUCGCCCACUCGACAACCACCUCCUCCUCAGACAGAGAGUCCCGGCUCGAAGCGCCCGGCUGGUCAAACUGAUGAGCCGGCUCCAAAAAGGAUCCGGCUGUGCCAUGAGGUAGAGGAGGAUGCCCAGAUCUGGAUGGGCACCUCCUCCGUCCGUAAGUGGUGUGCUAACGUCCUUCUGCCUAAGGACGUGGAGGCGACUCAUGCUCUGGGGGACGCGUACAUCCUCGAGGCCUCACUGCGCCAGUCGUACCGCAACCUCACCUUCCAGAUGGAGAUGAGUAAGCGGCUGCAGAACUACAGGACCGACAUGCGGUCUCUGGCCCUCAAGCUGCGUCAGACGGAGGAGGCCUUUUUGGAAGAGCAGGCGAAGCACCUCAAGGCGGUGGAGGUGCACAACUCCGAGAUGUUGAGAGUUACCCGUCAGUGGGAGGAAGAGCGAGACAAGGUGGCGACGAUUGCUGCGACCUCUGUUGAGGAGUACAAGAAGUCGGCUGCCUUCGAGGCAGAGGUGAAGGCGGCGAUAGAGGCUCGCCAAAAAGAGAUUGCUAAGGAGUGGCUGUCGACGCCGGAUGGUGACGAGUUCCUCCUGGACUUGGGCGAGCGCGACUAUCGCCUCGGCUUUCGCGAGGCGCAGACAGAGAUCCAUUCUGCCUUGCUGGUCCACGACUCCUCUUUCACUCCCUAG